AGCUGUAAAUAGCUUUCUAACCUGCGAGAUUACGCACGUGUUAUUGUGGAGGACCUGGGAACUUUGAAAGUUAUACAUAAAUUUAUUAAAAAAAAACAGGAAGAAUAAUUGAAUAAAAUAAACAUACUUGCAAGUCUAGAUGUAACUGUGUAUGAGAUAAGUCUUUGAGUUGGAAGCACUCUAAAAAAAAAAAAAUUUGCACGUAUUAUUGUAUUGUGGAUUUAAUAAUGCAAAACUUAAAGAAUAUUAAGGAAAAAGAACUUCAUACAUUCUUAAGUGACCUGAGAAUAUUGAAGCAAAAGGGCGAGUUGGAUACCGAUGAGAAAUUGAAGCAACAAGAUGUUAAAUGGCGAAAUACUUUGGAGUAUUGUGUUUUAGAAUCAUGUAUUAGGCAUUACAGUAAAGAGUGUAGAUUGGAGACAUUGGCACUUUUGGUGGAAUCAAAGAAAAGUACAUUAUGUUUUACACAAAUGGAAUUGCAUAUAAUUUGUUUAUUUCUAAAAUACAAUUUGUGUGAAAAGAUGGAAUUUAUACCCUUUGUUAAAAAGGCUUUGAAGCGAUUGAAAGAUAGCUUGGUUGCUAUGAAAAGACAACUGGCUCAAGAAACAAAAAUGAUAAAUCGUCUCAAAGAACAAGAUAUUAUUUCCGAAACAAUUCAAAAUGCUUUGGAUUUAUCUUAUCACAAAUCUAUGGAAAUUGAAUCCAAUAUAAAACAUUAUACUUUGUUUGUCAUAAAUUUACGCAAAAUUUGCGUGAAAAAUUUAUAUCCUGAUGCAACAUACAAUCGUAGAUGCUCCAGUUUACAGAUACUUUUACUGGAGCAAGAGCUUCUUUCUGAUGAAUUCAAAGAUAUUAAAUGGAGAAAAGAGCAAGCUGAAACAAUAUUUCAUUGUUUACUUAUGGAUACUUAUGAACCCAAUAAGGAAAUGGCAUAUCAAAUAUUAAAAACUAUAAAUCCAACAUUGUUGCACUUGGAUUUAGAAUCCCAUGUUCAAUUAAUAAUUAAAGUUGCUCUUGAAUUGGAUAACAGUAUACGACCCAUAGACAGCAUUACAGCUGCAUACAUGUUAAAAAUUUCCAAGUUGUCUCCUGUUAUAAGAAAUGUACUCUGUAACUAUUGCAAUGUAGAAGACAAUAUUAGUGAGACAAUAACACUACAUCUAGUGUUGCUGUUAUAUGGAAAAUUGCAAAAAGCAUUAGUUUUAGCAAAAGAAAAUAUAGGGAUGGCAAUUGUCAAGUGUUCCUUAUAUGGAUAUUUAUUCUGCAUAAAGAGCUUGCUUCUUGACUGUAAUUUGAGGGAUACAGGAACAAACAAAUUAUGGCAAAAUACUAUAGCCAAUAUCAUAUUAUUGUGCUUUGAGUUAAAUCAUACUGUUUCUAUAGUAGUAAAUAAUUCCUCACCAGAAGGACAUUUGCCAAUGGAUUUAAAAACAUUAAGCCUAGACGAUGAUGUGUCGUAUCCUGACAAAGAAAUUGUAACACCGCAAAUGGUUUUACUUUGUUCUUGGCGUACUGUUAAAGAAGUCAGUCAAUUAUUUGGAUUGUUUGCCACCAAGGCGUCAAUACAAAAUUGUGAACCUGCAGGCGGAUUAUUGACAGAGGAACAGAUUGAGCACAUAAUGAGACAUUUAGUUUCAUUAUUAUGCGAAACAAAACACAGAGGUGCAUUUGAACAGGCCUAUGUCGGUUUUCAUCAAUUAUGCACUCGAUUAUGGCGAUUAACAAACACGACUUUAAGCACAUUGCCUAUACAUUGUUUGCAUGAUAUCUUAAUAGGUAUUACAGGAUUAAUGCCAGGAUAUUCUAAACUAUGUGCAACAAGAAGAAGUGCAGGUGUUCCAUUUAUGAUACAGGCUGUGUUAUCUUCAGAACCAAAAAUCCAUGAUAGUUCAAAGUCUGCCUCUCACUCAGUUAUGAAAAUUUUAUUACAAUUCUCGGAACUCGAAAAUACAGUUAACUUAUCGCAAAAAGUGAAAAGCAUAAUGUACAACAAUACAAUAUUUUCCAAGUACGAGGAUGUAAUGGAUAUGAUAAUAGAAAAUGAAAGAGAAUGUCAUUAUGAAGAAAUUAAAUUUAAUAUUGGCGAGAUAAAAACUCAUUCUAUGAACAUUCUCAGAGCUUUAUUUAGACAUUCUCAAUUAAGAGACAUGGUUAAGAAUUAUAUUGCUGAUGGUUUGAUGGUGGCAUUUAAAAAUUAUGACAAUAAAAUAUGGGCGGAACGUAAUGCGGCCACGUUAUUAUUUAGUGCGCUUAUAGUCCGAAUUUUUGGCGUUCAAAGAACCAAGGAUCAUAUCAAUUUAACAACAGAUAACAAAAUGACAGGGAGGAUAUUUUUCGAAAGAUAUCCCAGUCUUCUACCUUUUAUCCUGGAUGAGUUGCAAACUUUUGUAUCAAUUAAUGAUACUAUGAUAAAAUCGAACGUGCAGGCAAUUUUAUUGUUAUUGUCACGAUUGUAUAUUAAUUAUCAUGUUGACGAAACGGAUAUUGGUUGGAAGAUAAAUGAAUUUGUUAAUUUGGUAUCUCAGUGUGCUAAAAGCCUUGUAUACAAAACGCGUGAACUUGCAGCCAGAGCAUUGGUGCCAUUAUUAACAGAGAAUACAGCCUACAGCAUUGUAAGGAAAUUAUUUUUAGUUUCAUCUACAGCACGAAAUACUCGGAUCUCUGCAAAUUUGUUGCAUGGUUAUUUGCUACAGAUAUUAGAGAUCCUGACAAAACUGCCGUCUGUCGACAUUCAGCGGUUAAAAUCUGACAUUACGAAUUUUUUAAACGCAACUGAUUGGAUAUUAAAAGAUUUAGAAAGAAAAGUCGAUGGGUUUGGUUGUUUUCCGAUUGCUACUGUAUACGUCGAUAUUCUGCAUGAAUUAUAUAAUUUAGAUAAAGACAUGAUUGAAAGUUGUAAUAUACAGAAUAUAUUGUAUAUAUUGCAGCAACAUUUAAUCGAGACCGAUUUGUUAAAACAAGAACCAGGCGAGCAAAUGUACAAAAUAUCUGCAAUUAAAUUUGUGUUGUGCGUUGACAAAUAUUCAAAUAUUUUACAAACAGAGUUUAAUGGACAGCGUAAAGCAUUUCACAUAUAUUCGCAAAUUUUGAUUACCCCAGAAGCUCAGAUACAAAGCAUCGCGUGGACUACCAUUUUUGACGUACUAAAGAGAGAACACUGUCAACAACAGAGAAAACUAUUGAACACUUAUGCUAUUCGUACAGUCGCUGAUUUUACUGAAAAUUUAUUUAAAUCUAAUCCUGAAUUGCAAGAUGCGAUUUUCGAUUUCUUAUAUAACGGUUUAAUAGACAUAAAUAAAUGUUGUAUUGCCGACAAACGUGAAAUUUGUAGCUUAGUUAUGAAAAACAUACAUUCACGUGAUGCAAGCAAUACUUAUUCCCAACGUGUUAAUUAUUUGAGGUUGCUAGGAAAAUGUAUGGCGACAUCAAUUCACGAGUUAAAGGACGAGGAGCUUAAUAUUGAAUAUAAAGAGAGCGUUUAUAGGAAAGUCUGUGACAGUAGUUGGAUUGGUUCGUUAAGUGAAGAUUUCAGAUCUUCGGUUUUUGACAUACUAUAUGAUCUUUUUACUAAUGAUAUUGAUCUCGAUCAUUGCCAUCCCAUGUUAGAUUGGUGGACUAUGAUGUUACAAUUAUUGAUUGAUGAUAACGCGGACAUUCGACAAGAAGCAUCGAAGCUGAUUUGCAGGAUUAAACCAUGCAAUGAACUGGAGUGUAUCGAAAGUACUUUGCCGGUAUUUUUUCAGAAAUUUAAUGCAACGGUCGCUGAUAAAUAUCCUGAAAUUGCGAUUAGCGCUCUUCUCUGCUGGAGUGUUUGUUUAUUAGGAGAGACAGAUUAUGAAAUGGAUGAAACGGAUGUAUUCAACAAAUGUAGGAAUUACGAUGUCUUUGAACCUGUGCAGAUAUCAAUAUUAUGCUUCGAUUUGACGAAAUCAAUAGUGCAACGAUACUCUAUUGAUAGCGUAUUACCACCAGACGUUGUGAGAUGGAUAAAUUACCGUUUACAAAUUACCGAUUUCUCUGAAUUAUUGUCUUUCAAAGACAUUGUUUGCGAUUACAAGAAUAACAUGCCAACAAUCGAAAGAAAGCUGGACGAAAUUAUAGAUCCGACAUAUAGGGAUAAAUUAUUGCAACUUUUAGCAUUCGAAAAAUAUAUGUCAUUAUUAUAGUGUCGAAUCUGUGCAUUUUGUCACAUAAUCGAUAACUUAAUGUUAUUUAAUUAUACGCUUUCUGAUAAAUACACAAAUUUG